AUGGGCUGUUAUGUUCUUGAAGUGGAGGUCGAGGCAAGAAUGGAGAAGGCAUUUUAUGCCAACAAGGACAAAGAAAUAAACACACACAAAAAUAGACAUGAUGGCAGGAGGGGGGAAAAUAUACAAUUCGAGACCUUGGCUGUAUGUCGAGACUUUGCUAUUCUGGAAGAUCAUACUUUGGCCCAUAAUUUACAGGAACAAGAGAUUGAGCAUCACUUGGCCACAAAUGUUCAGCGUAAUCGUCUGGUGCAACAUGACUUGCAGAUGGCCAAGCAACUGCAAGAAGAGGAGGAUAAGAAAGCCCGUGCUCAAAUCCAGAAACACCAAAAAGACUUAGAACGACAGGACUGUGAGAUUGCUCAGGAAAUCCAAGUGAAGCUCGCGUUUGAAGCAGAGGAGCGCCGCAGGCAAGAGGAAAAAGAUGAGGAUAUUGCCCGUCUCCUACAACAGAAAGAACUGCAGGAAGAAAAAAAGCGCAAGAAGCACUACCCAGAGUCCCAGGGACACACAGGCUAUGAAGAGAGCUAUUAUGCAGAAAAUGGAGAGCAGCCCUGGGGUGACCCCAGAGAGCAGAUUUCUGAACCUCCCAGAGCACACAGUCAUGGCAGGUGCAGGCACCAGCAGAGAGAGCACCGAGGACCCCCCUCGCCUUUGCCUGGCAGUGCCCCCAAACACAGGCACUCUGCCUCAGAGGGCCAGCAAAGGUCUCCUCAGCUGAGAGAGGCCAGCAGGGGCCAGCAGCAGGAGCUGAAGACAGCCAGCCAGGGAAGGUCCAGGAGACAUCCCAGCCUUGACCUGGAAAGAGAGGCUGACCACCGUGCCUAUGAUCACAGCAGAAGCUGGGAGCUGCAGGAGAGGAGGACAGCUGGCAGGGAGAAGGAGAGGAGACCUCUCAGUCUCGACCUGGAGUCAGAGCAUGGACUCACACAGGAGGCACGGCACAGCAGAAAGCCACCAAGGCAAGACAGAGAAAAGCACCUUCCCCUCCUUGAGAUGGAACUGGAGGCGGAGCAGGAGGCCUGGCAUCGGGGUGGCAGACAGCACCCUGAGAAACACAGAUCUCACCAUCAGGGCCACUCGUCACACAGGAUGGCACGUGAUGAGAAGCUCUAUGAUGCUGAAUCUAGAGAUGACCAUAGGAGGGGUGAGGCACGAGCCUACAAAAGGGCAGGACACAGGAAACACUCCCCCUCCCCUCAUUCUGUGAGCCAGGGGAAGGUUGGAGACUGCCAGCGAGACCCAGGCACUAAUUUGAGGGGGAGGAAACAAGCCAUGUACGAUGGACUCCGCAUGGAACAGGAGUUGUCUGAUGCAGAGAUUGCUCGGAAACUGCAGGAGGAAGAGCUCCUGGCUAAUGAAGCAGAUCAGAAGGCAGCUCAAGUAGCCCAAGAUGAGGAAAUUGCUCGGCUCUUGAUGGCUGAGGAGAAAAAGGCUUUAAGAAAAGGGAAAGAAAGAGAAAAGUCUUCCUUUGAAAAGAGGAGGCAUGAUCAAGAUUGGAAGCCUGAUGCAGGCGAGUCCACGCGCUCAAGGUCAAGAGAGGGGACUGAAACUCAGCGACACAGAAAUGACAGGCCUUCAAGGUCCCAGCCUCUUCCCGAUGACUUUGAACACUCCCGGUAUCACAUGAGCCAGCCCAGCCCCUUGCGCCAGAUCCCCAAACCUGAGCACUCUCCUAAAGGUUCCCGUAGGAAGCAGUAA